AUGACUGGGCUUCAUCUGACAGAGCAACAGUGGUCUCAGGCUUCUGGUGGGUUCGCCCAUGCCGGGUUGGGGCUUCGGUCCUGUGCUCGCCAUGCCCUUGCGGCCUACCUGGCUUCUUUUGGUGCCAGUUUGGAUGGAUGCCGCGAGCUGGGCCCUCAGUUCAAUGCUGCGGACGUGCUGGCCUCGCCCGAAGUGCUAGCGGCCUUGGAAGCCUUCAACGCCCAGCUGCCUCCGGCUCAGCGACUCACUGUUGCCGCCGCCCUUGCCUUGAAGCUUUCACAGCUCCUGGAUCAGGCGGCAUGGGACACCCUGGCACCGGCCACGCCGUCGGAGCGAGCGGUCCUCAGGUCCGAAGCUGGCUUGGGCGCCCGAGCCUUCCUGGCGGCUCUGCCUUCUGGUCGCACACGAAUGGAAAAAGCCAGCUUCGUGGCAGAGCUUCGCUUCCGCCUUGGACUGCCAGAUGCGGCCGAAGACACUUGGUGUCCCAAAUGUGAUGCUGUGCUUGACCGCUUCAGCCAUCAUGCUGCCAGUGCCAGCUGCGUGGCGGGGGCAAGCAUGCAGGUCGGUGCCGCGGCGGAGAGUUAUGCCCGUCACAAGGAGGACCACCUUGGCACGGCAGCAGCGUGCCAGGCGCAAGGUGUCCAGUUCGCGCCUAUGGUUGUUGAGACGACUGGGCAUUGGGAAGCUGGCGCCAGCCGCACCCUCAACCAAAUUGCUGGGGCCGUCGCUGCCCGCACUGGUGCCGAGCCAGGCCCUCUGCAUGAUUCGCUCCUUCAGGAGCUUAGUGUCGUCGUGCGCUCUUUCCGUGCCCGCGCCGCCCUGCGGCGGCGCGCCGAGUUGGAGACGUAA